GGCGGAGGAGGAGGAGCUUACUCCAUUGGAGCAGUCUGUAGAUAAUCCGAGUUGUCGAAAACAGGAAUCCUGUUAUUUGUGAACAGUGAGUGACAUCAGAGUGUCUUGAGUCCUGGCUGUUUGUGACUUCAUUAGCCAGGAUUUUCAUAGUAUUUAGGACUUCAGAAAAAAGUCUCUAAGGUUUCAGUGUGUUGGGCAGGAUGGAACAUGGUAUAAAUUCAGCGUCAUCAUUAGCAUUUAAAUGUGAUUGAAGCUUGGACACCUUGGAAAAGAAGUUUUAAGGUAUGGAUGAUAAAGGAGAUCCAAGCAGUGAUGAAAUGCCUAAGACCAUCAAACCCACAAGCAAGGAGUUCAGGAAAACAUGGGGUUUUCGAAGAACCAGGAUUGCGAAGCGAGGGGGUGCAGGAGAUGCUGAAGUCGGUUCUCUGGAACAGCAGCCUCGGCAGCAGCAAAGCCUCUCCUUGCGCCGCAGUGGGAGGCAGCCGAGGCGUACGGAGAGAGUGGAAGAAUUUCUUACCACAGUCAGACGCAGAGGAAGAAGGAACGUUCCUGUCUCCCUGGGAGAGUCCAGUGAGCCCACAUCUUGUCCAGUUACGGAUUCGGAAACUGCGUCUGAGGGGAGCGUAGACAGCGCCGCAGAGAUGAAAAGCGGUCCCGGGUCUGGUUGCACGUGUGUCGAGGAGCAGCCAGCCUCGUCUGAAGACGCCGAAGGAGGCGAUGGCAACGAUGACGCCUCCGACGGUGACAGCGGUGGCAACGAUGACGCCUCCGACGGUGACAGCGGUGGGUCGACUUUGCAAGAGCCGCAGACUCGCCGUCGGAGGAAGCGGGAACGAGAGCCGCGCGACAGGCCUCCGGGAGGGACGCGGCGCCGCCUGCGGGAGAAGCGGCGGGAGGAGGCGCCCGCCGGGACCGCUGGCGCUGAAGCCGGCCCCGCCGCGGAGAGCUCGCGGCCCGGGGAGCAGGAGCCCGGGCCCGGUCGGGCAGCUGUGUCCCGGGCAGCACGAGACGAGCAAGCCAGCAGGCUGGAGGGGAAAGCGUCUGAGGGAACUGAGGAGGAAGAGCCUGGGGACGCCACGAGACGCAGGCGAGACCGUGAGGUCCACGACCCCAGCGCCCUGUACUGCCUGUGCCGGCGGCCUCAGGACAGGUUCAUGAUUUGCUGUGAUCAGUGUGAAGAAUGGUUUCAUGGCGACUGUGUGGGCAUUUCUGAGGCUCGAGGGAGGCUUUUGGAAAGGAAUGGGGAAGAUUAUAUCUGCCCCAAUUGCACCAUUCUGCAAGUGCAGGAUGAGGUGAAUUCAGAAAACACAGAUCAGCGGGACACUAAAUUUAGCCCUGGAAAUGCUGAUGGCACAGAGUUUACGAGUAUAGGAACAGUCAAACAAAAAUCUAGUGAAGACCAAGGAAUAAAGGGUAGAAUUGAGAAAGAUGCACAUCCAAGUGGCAAGAAAAAACUCAAGAUAUUUCAGCCUAUUAUAGAGGCUCCCGGGGCCUCCAAGUGUGUUGGUCCUGGGUGUUCUUGUGUGGCACAGCCUGACUCGGUUUACUGCAGCAAUGACUGUAUUCUUAAACAUGCUGCAGCUACCAUGAAAUUUCUAAGUUCAGGUAAAGAACAAAAUCCCAAACUUAAAGAAAAGACCAAGAUGAAACCAGAAAAGCUCAGUCUUCCAAAAUGUAGCAUUCAGGCGGGCAUUAAAAUUUCUUCUGUGCACAAGAGACCAGCUCCAGACAAAAAAGAAAACAUUGUGAAGAAGACUGCGGUGGCACCUUCCAGGAAUGUAGCACUUAUUAAGGAAACAACUUCUGAAAGCACACCUUCUUGGGCAAGCGAUCACAAUUACAAUGCAGUAAAGCCAGAAAAGACUGCUCCUCUUUCGCCAUCACUGUUGUAUAAAUCCAUGAAGGAGGACAAAAGACCUGAGGAGAAAAUGACAGCCAGUGUUGCAGUGUCCAAGAAAAUGGUUCCUUCAGGUGCUAUAGCCAGCAAACCACCUUCUUCCUUGCCCAGAAAACUAGUUCUGGAGAAGUCACCUUCUUUUGUUCACAUGUCAGCAGCCAAACAGGCCAUGAAAAAGUCACCCUUGGGUUUCAAGGGUUCCAUGCCCGAGAGACUGUGGCUUGCAGCCCCUCCCUUGGGCAGCACCCCAACUGCCAAACAGUCAGGACUGACACCUGUCGCUGCGGCAUCCGCUUCCAAGAAACUGCCCGGCCCUCCCACCCUGGGAAGAGCAGUCAUGAAGCGGGCAGCUGCUUCUGCCUCUGUGGCCACUCCAGCCCCAGGACGGCUCGUGGCCAACGGUCCUGCCCUGUCACAGCCAAACUCACAGAUUCGGCAAAAUAUUCGACGUUCUUUAAAAGAGAUUUUGUGGAAAAGAGUCAGUGACAGCGACGACUUGAUCAUGACAGAAAACGAAGUGGGAAAAACUGCCCUCCACAUUGAGAAGGAGAUGUUUAACUUGUUUCAAGUUACAGAUAAUCGCUACAAGAGUAAAUACCGCAGCAUCAUGUUCAACCUCAAGGACCCUAAAAAUCAGGGGCUCUUCCGUUGUGUUCUGCGGGAAGAAAUCUCUUUGGCAAAACUUGUCAGAAUGAAGCCAGAAGAACUUGUCUCUAAGGAGCUCUCCAUGUGGAAAGAGAGACCAGCAAAAUCUAUUUAAAAUGGUUUUUGUCUUUGGGUGAUGGAAUCCAGAACUAAAUUGCUUAAUGAAAGCAGGAAGACUGCCAUUAAACAGGAAACCAUUCCAGAUAUGGAAGAUUCUCCAUCAGUAUCAGAUUCAGAUGAACAACAAGAAUCGGUUCGAGCUAUACCUGAAAAAAGAAGUGCACCUCUUCUUGAUGUCUUCAGCAGUACGUUGAAAGACACAACAAGCCAGCACUGUGCACAUCUUUUUGAUCUAAACUGUAAAAUUUGUACAGGUCAGAUUCCCUCAGAAGUUGAACCAGCUCCAAAAAAACAAAAACUGUCGGCUUCUACUAAGAGAGAAGACCCAAAAUCCAAGUACGACAGCUCUCUCUCUGAGCCUGUCCCUAACGCAGCAGAGGAAGUGAUGCCAGAAACACUGCCCAACACUGCUUCUGAACCAGAACUGGAAAGCACAUCUCAUCCAAACCCGGGGAGGAAUUACUUCCCUGUCCCCUCGGGAAGCAGCACCCCUGAGCCCUCCCCUUUGGAAGAGCUCCCCCCCUGCCCAGCCCCCUGUGGGGUUGGUGUGCUCACCACGGUCACGGUGUCUGGCAGGGACCCCAGGAGUGCGUCGGGUGCGUCGUGUGCAGCCACGGCCCCCACAGCAGCCCCCCGCCCCAGCAGCUCUCUGGACAGCGCCCACACGGCAGAGACCAGACAAGACGCUCCAACGCCUGCCCUGACUUCGGUCACGAUGCCCAAGUCCAUCCUGGCUAAGCCGUCCUCUUCACCCGAUCCCAGAUACUUGUCACUUCCACCAUCCCGGAACAUCAGCAUCUCAGAGUCACGUUCCCCUCCAGAAGGAGAUACGACCCUGUUUUUAUCUCGACUCAACACCAUUUGGAAAGGAUUUAUUAACAUGCAGAGUGUGGCCAAGUUUGUCACGAAGGCAUAUCCUGUCUCUGGGUGUUUUGAUUAUCUCACUGAGGACUUGCCCGACACGAUUCACAUUGGUGGGAGGAUCGCACCAAAGACAGUUUGGGAUUAUGUUGGCAAACUCAAAUCUUCAGCUUCUAAGGAGCUGUGUCUGAUCUGUUUCCAUCCGGCAACAGAAGAGGAAGAAGUCGCUUAUAUUUCCCUCUACUCAUAUUUUAGCAGCCGCGGCCGCUUCGGUGUUGUAGCUAAUAACAACAGGCACAUCAAGGACCUCUACCUGAUCCCCCUGAGUGCCAAGGACCCUAUUCCCUCCAAACUCUUGCCCUUCAAGGGACCAGGUCUUGAGUCACCACAUCCAAACAUAAUCCUUGGGUUAGUCAUCUGUCAGAAAAUAAAGUGUCCUUCAAAUGCUGGAGAGUUGGACAAGAUAGAGGAAAAGCGAAGCCGGCUCCAAACACAAGAAGUGGAUGUUGCAGCCUACCCCAAAGUAACUGGAGCUCCUCAGCCUGAAAAGAAGCCCUCCAAGUAUCAGCUCCUCUCUGCAGAGGCGCCUGCCAGCAGCACCCCCCCAGGGUCGCCGCCGCCCCCCCUGCAGGAGCCCCCGGCAGCGCCAGCUUUGGUGUCAGUGGUAAAGAUCAUGUCGUCCCUCCAGCCUGGGGCCACAAGCACUGUCACAGCAUCAACUGCGUCCACGGCAGCCACAGGGGCAGCCGCCUCCGCCGCUUCAUCUGCUUCCAAGACAGCUUCGCCCCUAGAACACAUCCUCCAGACUCUUUUUGGAAAAAAGAAAUCCUUCCAGCCCCCUGUCAAAGAUUCUGCUGAGUCUGCUGCAGCCUCCCACCCAGAUGCCAAAACCAAGGUGCAUGACGGGGUGGCAGCCACCCUAUUGAUAGAUCCAAUUGUCCAGCAGUUUGGUCACUUUUCAAUAGAAAACGCUUUGGAGGAAGAAGAGGACAACAGGCCCUAUGACCCCGAGGAAGAGUAUGGUCCUGAGCGGGCCUUCCACACCCCACUCCCGGAACGAGGGAAACGUGGGGACGCGGAAAAGCCUCCUGAACCCGCUGAAGAGGAGGAGGUGGCCUAUGACCCUGAAGACGAGACCAUCCUAGAGGAGGCCAGGGUCACCACUGACGACCUGCCCAACAGAAUGUGUGAAGAUGUUAAAAGCAACUCCACAGAGAGGUCUGCUGAGUAUGCCGCUGAUAUUCCCACUCCCUCCUUGGCUGAACAACAGAAACUGUUAGAGACACUGAACAUGCAGAUUGAGGAACAGAAGCGACAGCUCGAGGAGCAGGAGGAGGCCCUGAGGCAGCAGAGGGCAGCCAUGGGGGCCUCCAUGGCCCACUUCUCAGUGUCAGAGGUGUUAAUGUCACCCCCACCCAAGGCCUCGCUGACCAAGGGGGAGCUGUUCCAACCAGAGCCACAGAUCCCAGACAAGCCCACCUUACUUCCCAGCAGCAGCCCAGUGACCCAGGGCGCCCACCCAAGCUCAGACCCGAGGCCGAGCCGAGACCCCCGGCUGGCCCGCAGGCUGGCGGCAGCGAACAGCGAGGCUGGGGAGCUCAAGCCGCCGGCCAAUGGCUGGCACAGUGCCCCGCCUUCCCGGGACACCCCUGGGGGUCCCAACGUAGCCCAGCUGCCUCUGCUGGCCCAGGAGGAGCGGGAAUUGGCGCCUCCCCAGUGGGUGCCCGGUGAGAAGGCUCCACUGCUGUCCAACCACGGCGACCAGCAGAGCGAGCGCCCGGAAGACGCAGCCAUGCAGCUCCCCCACGAGGGUCCAAGAGGGCCUCCGCCCCCCAGGUUCGGGGCACAGAAGGGGCCAAUCCCUUCCUUGUUCUCUGGACAACAUGGGCCCCCUCCUUUCGGGGAGAACAGGGGCCCUGUGCCCUCCUACCUCGAGGGGCCUCGAGCAGGAGCACCAUCCCAGUUUGAGGAACGCAAGGAUACCCAUGGGGAGAAGAGGGAAUUCCAGGAACCCCCAUACACCGAGCUGCCUGGUCCUCCUGCCCAGUUUGAAGGGCCUGAACAGGCCCAGUUUAUGGGGAAUCGGGGCUCCACACUUUUCCAAUCCGGAGCCCAAAGGAGACAUCUGCUAUCGCAGUUUAAAGGACCCAGAGGCCCUCCGCCCUCUCAGUUUGGAGGUCAGCGAGGACUGCCCCCUGGCCAUUUUGUGGGCCCCAAGGGGUCCCAUCCUGGUCAGUUUGACACCGCCCGGAGCCCCCAUCCCAAUCAGUUUGAAGGACCUAGAGGCCAAGCACCAAAUUUCAUGCCAGGCCCCAGGGGAAUCCAGCCUCAGCAAUUCGAAGAACAAAGAGUAAAUUCACCACAGAGAUUUGCAAGGCAAAGGGCGCUGGCACCCCUUCCGUUUGCUGGACCCCGGGGAUCGGCGCCCUUUUCCGAGAAAAAUGAGCAGCCUCCUUCACGGUUUCACUUCCAGGGGCAGCCCCCAUCGGCGACGACGUCUGGCCCGCGGCCGCUGCUGGAGCUCCCCAGCCACCCGCCGCCGCCCCGGAAGGAGCGGUGGGACGAUGCGGGCCCCGCCGCCUCCCUGCCCGCUGGCGCCCCCCGGCCGGGCCCCGAGGCCGACCCGCAAUGGUCGCCCCCCGACUUCCGAGAGAGCAAAGGGCACGAGCACGGGAACCAGGCCUUCGAAGCUAGGCCGCGGGAGCGGUUUGAAGCGGGACCCAAGAAGCCGGUGUACGAGCCCGAGGCGCAGACGGCCGAUGGGCGCCCGGGCCGGGCCUGCGAGGAGCGGCGGCGCGAGCGGGAGCACGGCCGGCCCUGGGAGCGCGAGCGGGACUGGGGGAGGCACCGCGACAAGGACGCCGGCGGAGAGUGGGCCCGGCCCAGGGACAGGGCCGCGAGCCGGGACAAGGAGUGGGACCGGAGCCGGGAGAGGAGCAGGAACCGGGAUCGACGGCGCGACCGGGACAGGUCUCGGAGCCAGGAGCGGGACCGCGGCCGGGACCCCAAGGACCGCAGCAAGAGCAAGGAGAGCGGCCGCGACCCGGAGGCCCAGGCGCCCCGGGCCCCCAUGGCGGGCAGUGCAGCCCCCGCGCAGGCCUAGGCCGGGGGUCUCCAGCGGGCAGUGGCCUGGGUGAAGGUGGCGUAUUCCGGAUUUCAAAACAUGACUGUAACUUUGUGUA